AUGGCGAAGGGAGGCGGCGAGAACAGCAAGAAGGCACAAGGCCAGGCCAGAAAGGCUGAAGCGGCGCAAAGCAAGAAAGAUGCUGAGAACGCAAAGAAGGCAGCUGAAGAGGCCAAGAAGUGGGACAAAGGCGCAAAGGACAACAGCAAAGCAGACGCUGCAGCAGCGAAAGCAGCAGAAGCCGCUCGAAAGAAGGCAGAGAAAGAUGCACUCUUGAAGGAGGAAGAAGCCUCGCUCCCUAGCAAAGGCGGAAAAGGCAAAGCCGCACCAGCGAAGAAAUCCAGAGGCCUCGAUCUCUCGGGCCUCGAUGCACCAUCUUCUAAGAAAGAGCUCGCACUCAAUGCGACUGGUAUCGAUAACGCUCUUGACGCGUUCUCCCUCGUAACCGACAACAAGGAUAAGAUCGAUCGUCAUCCAGAGCGGAGAUUCAAGGCUGCAUAUGCGGCGUAUGAGGAAAGAAGGCUGGACGAGAUGAAGGAUGAGAAGGGUCUCAGGCGGCAGCAGAAAAUUGAUCAGAUCCGCAAAGAGUUUGAGAAGCAUCCGGACAAUCCGUUCAACCAGGUUGCUGGGACGUAUAACAUGUCGAAGGAGGAGAUGAAUGAGCUGAGAGAUGGCGAGAAGGCUAAGAAGGAGGCUAUGCUUACUGGGCAAUGAGCAUGGACGUUGAUGUCGGAUUUUGUGUUGCAGCGAGCACGGCGUCUUCAUGAAUGGCGCGAAGCUUUCGCACAGGAAUCGAGCGAUAGUGCUACGGACAUGCAAUUCGUCAUGCUUGCGAUGAGAUCAGGUCACUUUCUCACCAGGCACGCUCGUCACGAACGAGGGUACGUACGACUGAAUGGAAUGGAAAGGGCACGGCCGACCUCGGAGAAACUUCUGCGAAAGUCGACAGGCGUUCAGCGGCAAUUCCAAGGUCGAUCUUCGUCUCAUUCACCCGAAAGACUCUUCCACGAGAGAAUCAUCCGCACCAGGCUCAGCAGUUCCCAAUCUCAACCCCUC